AAAUGAUUUCAUGGUUAUAACAGGAUUUCUCUGUCAUGAUCUAAGUGUGGGAAUUAUCAAGAUCAAAUGAAUAUAUUGUCAGUGAAGUAUUCAUUACAGUAUUCUCACAGUUACACUUUGUGUUGUACAUAUGUAUGGGAUUUUAGGAUGCAAUGACCUUUGAGGAUGUGCAUGUACACUUCACUCAGGAGGAGUGGUCCUUGCUGGAUCCAUCUCAGAAGAGACUUUACAAAGAUGUAAUGCUGGAGAUCUACAGGAAUCUCACUACUAUAGGCUACAAAUGGAAAGACCAUAACGUUGAAGAACAUUGUCAAAAUGAUAGAAGGUAUGAAAGGCAGGCAAGAAGCCCUGCUGGAGAGAAACCCUAUGAAUAUACACAGUGUUAUGAAGCUUUCACACAUCACAGUCAUCUUCAAAAGCUUGAAAGAAACCAAACUGGAGAGAAACACUCUGAAGGCUUUCCACAUAUUGAAGCACUUGCAUGUCAGAGUACUGUCCAAAUAAAUGAAAGAACAGAGGCUGGAGAGGAACCCUACAAAUGUAAUGAAUGCGAUAAAGCCUUUUUACGGCGCAAAUAUCUUCGAGUACAUGAAAGAAUACAUUCUGGAAAGAAACCCUAUGAAUGUAAUCAAUGUGGUAAAGCCUUUUUAACACGCACAUCUCUUCGAAUCCAUGAAAGAACACAUACUGGAGAGAAACCUUACCAAUGUAAUCAAUGUGGUAAAGCCUUUACACAAAGUGGUAAUCUUCAAACCCAUAAAGUAGUACAUACUGGAGUGAGACCCUACGUAUGUAAUCAGUGUAAUAAAGCCUAUUCACACUGGAGUUGUCUCCAAAUACAUGAAAGAACACAUACUAGAGAGAAACCUUACAUAUGUAAACAGUGUGAUAAAGCCUAUUCACACCGCAGUAAUCUCCAAAUACAUGAAAGAACACAUACUGGUGAGAAACCUUACAAAUGUAAUGAAUGUGAAAAAGCCUUUGCACGUCUCAAGUAUCUUCAAGCACAUGAAAGAAGACAUACUGGAGAGAAACCCUAUGAAUGUAAUCAGUGUGGUAAAGCCUUUUUACAACCCUGCUUUCUUCGAAUACAUGAAAGAAUACAUACUGGAGAGAAACCCUACAAAUGUAAUCAAUGUGAUAAAGCCUUUGCUCAACUCAAGUGUCUUCNAGUACAUGAAAGAAGACAUACUGGAGAGAAACCUUAUAAAUGUCAUCAGUGUGGUAAAGCCUUUUUACAACCCAGCUAUCUUCGAGUACAUGAAAGAAGACAUACUGGAGAGAAACCCUAUGAAUGUAAUCAGUGUGGUAAAGCCUUUUUACAACCCUGCUUUCUUCGAAUACAUGAAAGAACACAUACUGGUGAGAAACCCUACAAAUGUAAUGAAUGUGGUAAAGCCUUUGCACAUCUCAAGUAUCUUCGAGUACAUGAAAGAAGACAUACUGGAGAGAAACCCUAUGAAUGUCAUCAAUGUGGUAAAGCCUUUUUACAACCCUGCUUUCUUCGAGUACAUAUAAGAACACAUACUGGAGAGAAGCCUUACAAAUGUGAUCAGUGUGGUAAGGCCUUUACACAAAUCGGUCAUCUUCAAACCCAUAAAGUAAUGCAUACUGGAGGGAGACUCUAAAUAUGUAAUCAUUGGGAUAAAGCCUAUUCACACCAUAGUCAUCUUCCAAUACAUGAAAAAACAUAUACUGGAGAGAAACCUUUUAAAUGUAAUCACUGUAGUAAAUCAUUUUUAUCUCACAGUCAUCAUCAAGCUGAUGAAAGAAUUCAUGCUGGAUAGAAAUCCUACAAAUGUAAUGAAUGUCAUAAAGCCUUUUCACAGUCCGGGUAUCUUCGAAUACAUGGAAGAACACAUACUGGAGAGAAACCUUACAAAUGUAAUCAGUGUGAUAAAGCCUUUGCACAAGGCAAUAAUCUCAAAGUACAUACAAGAUUGCAUAUUGGAGAGAAACCCUUUGAAUGUAAUCAAUGUGGUAAAGCCUUUGUAUAUGACUAUUCUUUUAGGAUGCAUAAAAGAAAAAUACUAGAGAGAAACAUUACAAAUGUAAUCAGUGUAGUAAAACCUUUGCAGAAAGCAGUCAUCUUCAAACCCAUAUCUUACUACAUACUGGAGAGACUCUACAAAUGUAAUCAGUGUGAUAAAGCCUCUACACAACAGAGUGGUCUCCGAAUACAUAAAAGGAAACAUUCUGUAGAAAAACCUUACAAAUGUAAUCAGUGUGAUGAAGUCCAUGCACAACACAAUGGUCUUACCUACAAUAACAUACUGGAGAGAAACCCUAUGAAUGUAAGGGAUUUGGUAAAGACUUUGCACAUUACAAUAAGCUCCAAUAAUAUAAAAACAAUCAUACUGAAGAAACUCUACGAAUGUAACCAUAGGGUGAAGCAUUUGAAAAUCACAGUAGUCUCUAGAAACAUAAAAGGAAUCAUCUUUUGUUUUUUCAAGACAGGGUUUCUCUGUGCAGUCCUGGC